UGAACACUUACAAAACCAAAGAGGAAAUGGUUGCAGCCAUGUCUAAGACCUACCAGAAUGGCGGGGACCUCACAAACACCUUCCAAGCAAUCAAGUUUGCAAGAGACGAUGCUUAUUUACCAGCUUCUGGUGGGCGCCCAGGUGCUACAAAAGUCAUGGUAGUUGUGACUGAUGGUGAAUCCCACGAUGGGACAAAGCUGAAAACUGUGAUCCAGCAAUGCAAUGAUGACAACAUCCUGAGGUUCGGCAUAGCAGUUCUUGGGUAUUUAAACAGAAACGCUCUUGAUACCAAAAAUUUAAUCAAAGAAAUUAAAGCAAUUGCUAGUACUCCAACAGAGAGGUACUUUUUCAAUGUUGCUGAUGAGGCAGCUCUUCUGGAGAAGGCUGGGACUCUAGGGGAGCACAUUUUCAGCAUUGAAGGCACUGUUCAAGGAGGAGACAGCUUCCAGAUGGAAAUGGCGCAAGUUGGAUUCAGCGCAGAUUACUCGCCUCAAAAUGAUGUUCUGAUGCUAGGUGCAGUGGGAGCUUUUGACUGGAGUGGAACUGUGGUCCAGGAGGCAUCUCAUGAGCACUUGAUCUUUCCUAAACAAGCCUUUGACCAGGUUCUGCAGGACAGAAAUCACAGUUCAUUUCUAGGUUAUUCUGUGGCUGCAAUCUCUACUGAAAAUGGUGUCCACUUUGUAGCUGGUGCUCCUCGGGCAAAUUAUACUGGCCAGAUAGUGCUGUACAGUGUUAACAAGCACGGCAAUGUGACAGUGAUUCAGUCUCACAGAGGGGACCAGAUCGGCUCCUAUUUUGGUAGUGUGCUGUGUGCAGUGGAUGUGAACAAAGACACCGUUUCAGAUGUGCUUUUGGUAGGAGCUCCCACGUACAUGAAUGACCUCAAGAAGGAAGAGGGAAGAGUCUACCUGUUCACAAUCACAAAGGGCAUCCUGAAUCAGCACCAGUUUCUUGAAGGACCUGAAGGCACUGGCAACGCUCGGUUUGGCUCAGCGAUUGCAGCCCUGUCGGACAUCAACAUGGAUGGCUUUAAUGAUGUGAUCGUUGGGUCACCUGUGGAGAAUGAGAACGCUGGAGCUGUGUACAUUUACAAUGGCCACCAAAGUACCGUUCGCACUAAAUAUUCCCAGAAAAUUCUUGGAUCCGAUGCAGCGUUCAGGAGCCAUCUUCAGUUCUUUGGAAGGUCCCUGGAUGGCUAUGGAGAUUUAAAUGGGGAUUCCAUCACUGACGUAUCCAUUGGUGCUUUGGGGCAAGUGGUUCAACUCUGGUCACAGAGCAUUGCUGAUGUGGCUAUAGAAGCUUCAUUCACUCCAGAUAAGAUCACUUUGCUCAACAAGGAUGCUAAGAUAAUCCUCCAACUCUGCUUCAGAGCCAAUUUUAGACCUAUUGGGCAAAACAAUCAAGUGGCCAUCCUGUUUAACAUGACGCUUGAUGCAGAUGGAUAUUCAUCUAGAGUAACCUCCAGAGGGAUGUUUAGAGAAAACGGUGAACGGUUCCUGCAGAAGAGCAUGGUUGUGAACAAAAGCAAGAAGUGUUCUGAGUACCACAUUAACAUACAGAAGCCCUCUGAUGUUGUAAACCCUUUGGAUCUCCGCGUGGACAUCAGUUUGCAAAACCCUGGCACUAGCCCUGCACUUGAAGCCUAUUCCGACCCUGUCCACGUCUUCAGUGUCCCCUUCUAUAAAGAGUGUGGCAGCGAUGGGAUCUGCAUUUCUGACCUGAUCCUGGAUGUCCAGCAGCUGCCAGCCAUUCAAAAUCAACCUUUUAUUGUCAGCAACCAAAACAAAAGGUUAACGUUUGCAGUCACACUGAAAAACACAGGGGAGAGUGCAUACAACGCUGCAGUCCAGGCCGAGUUCUCCGAGAACUUGUUUUUUGCUUCUUUCUCCACGCCGGUCGACGGAACAGAAGUAACGUGCCAGGUUGGUUCAUCGCAGAAAUCUGUUUCCUGUGAUGUGGGAUACCCAGCCUUAAAGAGUGAACAGCAGGUGACUUUUACCAUUAACUUCGACUUUAAUCUUCAAAACCUCCAGAACCAGGCAUCCAUCAAUUUCCAAGCCUUCAGUGAGAGCCAAGAAACAAACAAAGCAGACAAUUCAGUCAGUCUCAAGAUCCCUCUCCUGUAUGAUGCUGAACUUCACUUAACCAGAUCCACCAACAUAAAUUUUUAUGAAAUCUCUUUGGAUAAGAAUGCUCCUUCUGUCAUAAACAGUAUUGAAGACAUUGGGCCUAAAUUCAUCUUCUCCCUCAAGGUAACAACGGGAAAUGCUCCCGUAAGCAUGGCAUUGGUGACCAUUCACAUUCCUCAGUACACCAAGGCGAAGAACCCACUCUUGUACCUGACCGGGAUAGAAGCAGACCAGGCUGGUGACAUCAGCUGCGCAGCAGAAAUAAAUCCACUAAAGCUAGGACACGCGCCCUUUCCUGUAUCUUUCAAGAGUGAGAACUUCCAGCAUACGAAAGAAAUGGACUGCAGAACCACCUCGUGCAGCAAUGUCACCUGCUGGCUGAAAGACCUUCACGUGAAAGCAGAGUACUUCAUCAAUGUGACCACCAGAGUUUGGAACAGGACCUUUGCUGCUUCGAGUUUCCAGACGGUGCAGCUGACAGCAGCAGCGGAGAUCGAUACGCAUAACCCUCAGUUGUACGUGAUUGAGGAGAGCACCGUCACGAUUCCCCUUAUGAUAAUGAAACCCACAGAGAAGGCAGAAGUACCAACAGGAGUUAUCAUUGGAAGCAUAAUUGCUGGGAUCCUUUUGCUGUCAGCGGUGGUUGCAGGUUUGUGGAAGCUUGGCUUCUUCAAAAGACAAUAUAAAAAAAUGGGCCAAAAUCCAGAUGAGAUGGAGGAGACCACGGAACUCAACAGCUAAGCCAGCGGCAGACACCACCGCACAGGGGCCAGUGGAAUCCCAGCGAAGGGUCACUAGUGUGGUGAAUGGAUUUCUUUUAAAGUC